UCGCGCAAAUUCUUUUCCCACUUUCUCACAGCAUGUCAUGCCUCAGCUGACGCUCGGCGCUGCCGGUUGUCACAAGGGCCCGGGGCCUGGCGCGAGGGCGGCCCUGGACCGGGCCCUCGAACGUGCCCACCGCGGGGGGCGAGAGGAAGAACCUGCCCAGAAGAGCCCGGAAAAGAGACACAGCUCAGCGCAUCCAUCAUGUGAUCUUCAGACGCCAUCGACCUCAUCACACCCACAGAUGUGGAGGAAGAGACGGCGGAAGCUCUUCUCCUUCACAGGAUGCUACGCCGUCCUGCUAGCUGCUGCAGUGUGGUCUUUUUGCCAUAUGGGGGCGCCACUGUCCCUGGAGGACGUGUGCUUGCGGGGGGCACUGCUGUGCCUGCUGUGGGCGGCCCUGGUUGGCUGUGUCAAUGUGCCGCUUUGGUACCUGAGGUCGCCACGAGGACGGGACCCCGCUCCUGCGAUACAAGAGGAAGUUGUCAUCCGAAGCAAGACGAUGGCCAAUGAGCGGUCAACAAGUUCAGGUGUCCCUAUUCCUCUGGGUGUCGCCCUGGCUGACAGCCUGUUGCUGAGCGUGCUCCAGGAGCCCCUGGCGGACCCCUGCGGGCUUCACAUUCAGGAUCUCCUCUCCAGGUUGGAGUCUGUGUCCAACAAACUAGAGCACGUUCCCCCGGGGUCCGAAUCCGUGCAGCCGGACUCCGUGCUGACCGACAAAGUGACGCUCAUCCGAAACUACCUGCGGAAAAGGGGCAGCUCGCUGAGGAGUUUGCUCCUAGUCCAGGCUGAGUUUGAGGCCGGUGUGAAGGAGCUGCAGGAGGGCGUGGAGGUCCGCUGGGGCCGGCUGGAGGAGCUCCACACUGGAGUCACGCUCACGAGAGAGGGAGAUCAACACCGCACGGACCUGGCGUCGGCCCACCACGAUGCCGAGACCUUAUUUGCAGACUUAAGCCACCACAGGAAGCAACUAGACGGCUGCCAGGAUCUCCUCAAAGACAGCACACAGCUCCUUCAGGAGUUGAUGUGGAGUCACAGCUAUGCAGGCAACACACUCAGAAGCUGCAGUAGCGAGUCCGUGUGGCCGGAAAUGCUGCUGCAGUUCAACAUGGAGCAGUUUGACAAGGUGCAGGAGAGCUUCCUGUCCCUGGAGCAACAGACCGCCACCUUCCAAGCCCACCUGGAGGGGCUCGCCAGGGGGAAAGAGGUGGAACACGCAAGCCGGGCCUCCUCGCCGGACCUCAACGGCCGACGCUCCAGUGAAGUUUCCUCGGAGCGUCCCGACUCGGACGGCGAGUCGGACGGUCGCCUCUCCUUGUGCGAGAGGUCGGCGCAGCAGUUGUCAUCCACAAUUGGACGCUUGCGUAAAUCCGGGAGAAAGAAGAAAGAAGUGAUUGGACAUUAGAAAUUUACAUUCCAAAAUGUACAUUUUAAAUUGCCCACAGGUCUGAAAUCGAGUCAGCUGGGAUGCAUUCCAGUUGUACACAUAUUGAAAUUUUCUGACAAUGCACUUGACACAAGGAGGCGCCCUGCCACCAGUUACCAGCAUGCAGCUAUGCGACAGACAGUAUUAUUUUACCAUAUCACACAAACUCUGAUCUCCGGUCUGUCAGCUAUGAUACUGCAUGUACCGUAUUUGUACAAACCGAGUGUGCUGACGUCGGCAAAGGUGGGAGAUACAUCAAAACAAACCGUAAUAAAGCCGCGAGCAGCGAUGAAUGGGCGAACACAUCACCUUUUUCAUGGCGAAUCCCCAAACUAAUCUUGAACACCACGCUCCGCCCACGUUAGAUAACUUGGAUAAAGAAAGACGUUUGGCAAUUUAGUGUCAUAUGACUAAGACUCCUGCUUCUGAUUCGGCCUCAUUUAGGCCAAUUUGUCAAAGUACGAUCGACAGAAUUAACCCAAUAUGGCUGAUUCAAAACAAAAAUGGCCGACUUCCUGUUCAAUUUCAGGCAUGGGUCCUUGAGACUUUUGGUUGGUUGGUUGUUAUGGGAGACAUGCCUACCCAAUUUCCUGUUGAUUUGUAAAACUCUUGUCGAGGACUAGUUUCUUACAAAGUAUGAGAAUUUUUCUUUUUCUUUUUUUUUUUUCAUGCAAAGUACAAUGUCUGGAAUUUACCCAAAAUGACCAUCUUCAAACCAUCAUGGUCAACUCCCUGUUCAAUUUCGACCAUGGGUUCUUGAGACUUUUUUGUGCGACCUGUUAUGAUAGACAUGUCCACGCAAUUUUGUGUCGGUCUGUGACACCGUUGGCAUGGGCCGAUUUUUAUUUUGUAUUUUUUUUUCUAACUUUCUUCUAAGGUUUGAGGCCUAUAAUUCUCUACAAUUGGCCCAAAAUGAGUCUUUCCAACCAAAAUGGCUGACUUCCUUUUCAAUUUCAGCACGAGUCCUUGAGACUUGUUUGUGUAUCCUGUGAUGUGUUGUUCUGAGAAACUGGUGUCAGCGACUGAAUAUUUUUCAUACUUUUUACAAAACAGGAAACCUGGAAUUGGCCCAAAAAUGGCCGACUACUGCUCAAUUUUAACCAUGGGUCCUUUGGUCUUCUGGGCCCCUAAAAUACAUACAUUUUCAUCAGGAAAUAUAGCAUCAGGCAUGUUGAGUCCCCCCGAAAAGGCAAUUCAUUCGUCAGAAGAAGAAUAAUAAACAGCCAAUAAUUCCUAAUUAUACCUAAUACCUUUGCACUGUCCUGUAUGUUAAUACAUACAUAACUUAAGACUUUCAAAGCCAUUUUUUUUUUAGCAUGGGGUCAGAAGGAGCAGAAAAAAGUUAGAAGGGGGAUGUAGGGCAACGCUGGAAGCAUUUUUGUUAUUAUUCUAAACGAAGCAGCCCUCUUGACCUGAACUUCUUUGAUCUCAAAUUCAAUUAAGCCGUUGAACGUUUGUCGUACUCCUCCUCGAGUAUGACGAAAUGUCGUACGAAAGUAAACACAGAUGCCAUUUUACUGCAUCCAUGUUGUCGGGGGUUUGGAGUUUGGAGGGCGGCGGUGGAGUCGGUGUUGCUGGGUUGUGUUUAGGCCUCGGGGGAUUUAGGAUGAAAGGAUUGUUAUAGAGGAGAUGGGAAGUGUCAGAAGACGGCGGGAUGCAUGCAGAGAUGCUAAUGAUGUUGGUCAAUGAGACGCUUGUACAGUAUUUCCACAUUUUGGGAGAAAAAAACCCCACAACUUUUCUUUCUAUUUUUUGGUUGAAAAGCACCCAAAAAAAUAAUUGUCAAAAGCCCCCAACAAAAAUUACUUUCCUUUUGGAUAAGAAAUUGUUUUUGAUUGAAAAGUAUGUACCUCCAUUUUUUUUUUAUAAAUUUUAUUUGUUGCAACAACAAUAAAAAAAAACAGAAAAAUCA